CACACGCACACACACACACGCAGUCAGUCGAGACGUGAUACUGAUCCCAUACUGAGGAUUGUUAUUUGAUUAAUCAGUGCUGUAAUUGUUUACUGGAUGUUGCUCGACUCGGCCAAUCACAGCAUGUAAAAACACUCGGCCCGCCUUCAUCAAACCUCUGAAGAUUAAUCGUUAAAGUGUUUUAUAACUAAAAUUCCUCACAUCAUCAACCCUCUGUGACUGAAUGAAUGAAAUUCCUCCUGAUUUACACCUGUGUCUUCUUACACUCACACUUCUUACACUCACACUUCUUACACUCACACUUCUUACACUCACACUAAUCACUCGACUCUCGCUGUGGCUUUCAGGUUUAUUGUCAUGUGCAUAAAGAGAGCUUUACGCUUCUAUAUACAGUGAAAUUCCUGUGCUGCAGUUACACACUCCUACGCAGACGCGGCGCAAAAAUGAUAAAUGAACUCUUACGGAGUACAAAAGUAGAAAACUGUAAACAUUAAACACAGAGAAAAGACUGUGCAAGAUGAUUAAUGUGCUCUAAGCAAGAAAAAAAAAUAAUAAACUGUAAACACUGUAAACAUUAUCUGCAGUCAGAAAGGGAGAUAUUUCACAUACAUUACUCUAAAUUAUUAGAUUUAAAUUAUCUUUAAAGAUCUAAAUUAUGAGGGUGUGGCCUGUCCGGCGUUUAGUUUAGUUCCUAAAGGUAUCUAAUUAAACACAAAGUAAUAUUAUAAUGUUGAUAUAAUAUCCUAUAUGAUGGGAUAAGAUGAAACCAUGGUUAUAAGUUUUUCUUCCAUUUUUGCAUCAGACAGUAAACAGGAACUAAUCGCAAGUAGGAACUAAAGCUGGGAGCUGAAGCGGGGAACUGAAGAAACGUCGGACCUCACGCUCCGCAGGAUCAGUCCGAGGAAUCGUUCGAGCCGAUCGUUUGGAUUCGUCGCUUCUUUACAGCUUCACAUCUGAUUUGUGUAGAAAUGAGAAUUUCAGUUUAAAUGUCGCAUGUUGCCAAAAAUGGAAAAUAAAUCAGCUGUCGCUUUGCUGCUCGCUAAUAACACGGCGUCAUGCUAAUGCGCUGACGUUAGCGCGGUGUAGACGUGUCAGCGUCGUGUGUUUAACGUGUUCAGGUCUUUAUUUCACUGUUGUAGUUUUACAAGCUCUCUUACUGUACAUACAGGUCAAACACAUGACUUCUUUCAUCUCCAUUUUUGUCUAAAUGAUCAAUUAACCAUAAUUGUUAUUUCAUCAGACUAAAAGACAGGAUUAGAUUGGAAAAUAUCUCACAUCUGAUCUCACUAUAAUCCAAUACUUCAUUUCAGGAUAAUGAUGAACCAGGAUCGAAGCUCAGUAUCCGGAAUUGUGCAUCGUUAGUAUUUUAGUUAAGUGUUUGUGUCACAGAUUGAAAAAAAUAUUCUUGAGUAUUCUUUUUGAUAUAUAUAUAUAUUUUUUUUAACGUUUCCUGAUUCAGCAGCAUCAUGGCGUCCGAUUCUUCCCGUUCCUCGCCGAGUUUGGAAUCUCAGGACGACUGGAGCAUCGGAGUGUGGAUGGAAGGAGAUUGUGAUGCUGAAGACGAUGUAGGAAGACGAGGACACGCGGCUCCUCGGGCACAGGAAGAGGAAACACGCUCCAGUCUUUCUGAACAGGAAGUCACUGAAUCCCAGACUGGAGCAGAAGCUGUACUUUGUCAUUGUGAUGCCACGUUUGUGCCAGAAGAUGGAGCUGUGACGCCAAACAGCGAUCUGACUGACACGGAUGACGUAAUGGAACAUCACAAGUGGCCCGAAAUGGUGGAGUGUGAAAAUGAAGGAGGUGUGUGGAGUGAUGGACGUGACACUUCACAAACAGACCAAUCAGAGCUCAUACAGGAAUUAUCUGAUGAACCUUUCAAAGAACAAGGGCUCGAUUUUACAUUUUAUAAUGACAGCAAAGCUUUCUGUUUGAAUGAGAAAACAGGAAGUGGGCGGAGUUACAAACAUCAAACAUAUCAAUCAUCACUGGACCAAAAAACUGAGUCUCUUGAGGAUUCCAUCAUGUUCCUGUCAGAGGAUCAGGAUGAGAGGAGGAUAAAGAGCGGAGGUGACCAGCAGGGGGCGUCUGAGACUCCUGAUCCGGCUCAGAAUCAGGAAGUGCAACAGGUGUGCAAAUCAACUCCUCCCUUAGAAACUGUUGCCGACGAGACAGCCAAUAGAGAUCCUGGAAACCUGAGCUGCAGGUCUUUUAUGGUCAGUGAGUGUUUGAUAAUAGAGGCAGCAGGGUGGAGGGAGGCAGAGAGGGAGAGUGAAGAGAGAGAGGACGAGACAGGAUUGAGAUCAGACAAAGUGCAGAUCAGACAAGAAACACAGAGACACGCUGAAGAUCUGAGAAGAGAACGGAGAAGAAACAUGGACCUGGAUCAAUAUGACGACAACCAAAGUGACAGCGGAGUGUCUGCUGAUUUCUCCCUGAACAGCAUGUCGGAUAACGAGACGCCAAUCGAGAGGGAGAUACGCCUCGCCUUCAAACGAGAGCAGAGCCUUCGCCGCUCGCGGGGCCUGGACGAGACCAAGGAGUUCAUCGAGAUCCCACUCAGAAAGUCCAUCCUCUCCCAAGAUCUCCCAGAGAAGUCAGUGAAGGAUCACGGCAAGGAGCGCCAGUUCGCUGGGAAGAAGAUGCAGCGUGAGAUCCACGCUGAAGCUGAAAGAGAGAAGGUGCUGGUCAAGCUCGGAAGGCUCCCUGGAUUUUACGACAAAGGUACCGUGAGACAACUACAGGAAAAAAAACUUCUCUUCGAAGCCUUCCAGGAAUCCAAAGAUUCCCAAAUCUCCAGUGACAGAACUCAGGAACCCAUAAACAGCCUGGCAAUGAUUUUCCAGAACCAUUCCCCAUUCCAGCCCAUUGAAACUUCACCCAAAGAUCUCCAGAUCUCAAGAAAUCAGGAUCAUGAGACAUUCAGAACUGUUCAGGAGCCGAAGAACGAGGGAAAAUCCUGUGUUUCAUCCUGCAAGAUCAUCAAUGGUGGAAAUCAGGACUGCUCAUCUAAGGAACACACAAGUCACUUGGAGCUGGAUUCUUCUCCUCAACUCUUCUCAUCUCUGAAGGAGAAGAAACUCCUGUUCGAAUCCCUCCAGGAGAAUAAAGAUCUUCAGACCUCCAGAGAUAGUGAGGACAUUGAGGUCUCUGGAUCUUUUAAAGAACAGAGGAAAAGUCUGGAUAUCUUUUUCCAGAACCAAAAUUCUGGAUUAAAAGCCAUCCAGGAACCCAAAGAUCUCCAGAUCAAAAGAAAUCAGGAUGACAACAUGUUGGAAUCUUCUAAGGAACCAACAAGGAACCUGCAGUUCCAGAACCCAAAACCACGUGGUCCAGGGUUCUCGGAGGCUGUGGAUCGGCAGGUGAUAAUCAUCGAGAACAAUCCUACAGUGAUUUCACACACCAACAGGCAGGUUUACAACCCGGUGACUGCGAUGGACUCAGGAAGCGUCAGAUCUUCACCUGAGGAUCUUCAUCGCAACUCACAAGUCCAAAACGAGACGGCUAACGGUGAAGAGCUGAAGGAGAACCCGUUCUUCAAGCUGAGAUCGUCGCUGUCCCUCCUUCCAGACGUGCAUAAGGACAUUCAGGAAGCGAAAAAGCGAGAGGAAGAACUGCGCAACCAGAGGAUGAGUCUCUAUGGCAACGGGUCAAAGGUCACAGCGUCACCGAGCAGAACCACGCCAACACACAGCCACGCAAACACACCGGGACAACACCUGAACACCACACCAGUGAGCUCGUCGUUUGGGAAGUUGGAUCGAACAUGGCCGCCUCCUUCACUACAGAACGGACACAAACCACAUUCUGAGGUGAAGGAACAGCGUCAGACGAACCUGUUAGUCCAGCGCUGGGAAUCAGGUCUGAUCAACGGACACGGCGACGACCAUCACAACUGACCACGGAGCGCAAACACACACCUCCUGAAGACCAGCGUGAACUUCUCCAACGUUAACUUUAAACACCUGCUAUUAGCUGUUAAACACAACGCUAAUCACAACAUCACGCCUUCGCGCUAUUACAGCUGAUUAGCAUUUACUGUGUCAGAUUAGCGUUAUAUAAUGCACACACACAGACUUUCAUUCACAAAGAACAAAAAGUUAAAAUCUUUAAUUCAUUAAUCACUUAGCUUGCUAGCAUGCUAAGCUAGCCAGUUAGCCACUAGCAAGUUCUGGCUGUUUAGUGAGUUAGCAAACCUAUGCUAGCUAGCCAAACUGAUUCAUUACUGAAUCUUUAAGAGGUGUUUAUUAAUUUUUUUUUCUGGUUCCAGUGUUGAUCCACUUUACAGACUGAUAGCUAGCUUGUUUUUCAUCUAUUGCGUUGAUAGUUAAUUUUUAGCUGCCAACAAGCUAGCUAGUUAGAUAUUUAUAUUUAGCUACUCCACUGACAGGUCUUCAGUUUAGCACUAGCCAGUUAGCUCUAUUUAAUAUUUUACAUUAUAGCAUUGUUAGCUAGAUAUUUACGUUUAGCCGACCUAUUCCAGAGAGGGAUUCUUGUUAUUUGUUAUCAGUAAGCUAGCUGGGAUUAGCAAACAUUUUCUUAUUUUUUAAUGAUUAAAACACUUUUAAACUCAUUUCGCCGUGCUGUAUGAGUGACGGAGUGAAAGAGAGUGAAAUGCGCGUGACCUUGUUUCCACACGCAAAGGCUGAGAAAAAGAAUUAAAACGUGUCUCUCUUUUACAAUAGCUGCGUUCACGCCAUGUCAUAAUUUCCGUAAUUGCGAGAUUCCGGCUUGUAUAAAGCGUUCACGUCCUUGUAGAAAUUACAAGUUUUAAACUUGGAGAGCUCCGACUUGUACCAUGUGACUGCCACGACGUCGUGCGGAAACACAAAAUGGCGGCGGCUUCAGCAGUAAAAUGUAGUUAAGUCGUUAUCUCGUAACAUUUCUGUGUAAUAAUUCGUAUAAUUGAUUAUUAAUGCCUUAAUAAUGUGAGAUUAAUCUGAAAAUAAAUGAAAGACAUACAGUACAGUUUAACGUAGCUAGCACAGACUGUUACAACCUGAUGCGCUUUCUGUGUUUAAUAUUUAGCAAUAGCACAAAAACAGGAUUUAAUAUUCGAAUUAUGUAUUUUGCAAAUGUUAACAUUAUCAUCUCACACGGAUUCAUUCUGGCGUAAAGAAGCGCGUAACUCCGAGUCCGAGGACGCGAACAGCUCCGAGUAGAACGUCCAGGUUCUCAUCUAGUGGUUACGGUAAUUCCGACAUGGCGUGAACGGAGACGAUGCUGGAUUUUUUGCGGUAGUUUCAGGUAUCAGGUUUCUGAGAUGAAGUUGAGGUGGAAAUUUUACUGAAGCCUGUAAACUCUGGUUAAUGAUAUUAAUCUGGACCCCAGCGGAACGCAGUCAGGUGUAAAUCCGCGCAGUACGCUGGAUGACUGCGUGCUGUCGACUCUCAUCUCUUCACUGGAUUUCAGCCUGUAGCUGAGUCACGUGUGAUAGCCUCUCCGCUUUGAGUUUGAGGCUACGUCAUUAAUAAAAUCUCUGGUCACGAGCCGCUGCUGUAUAAAUAUUUUACAGCGUCUUCUCUGGCACUGUGAUGUCACUUUGCUGAAUCACUCGGUGACUAACAGCUAAAAAGAACGAGAAUAAAAGCGGGGCUUUGUUACUGCCUGCUUGGGGACAUUUCACAGGCAAAUCCUGAGAGAUCACACACACUCGCGCAAACACACACAAACACACACACACACACACACAAACUGAUGAGUCCUGAACGUCACAUUGUGUGAGACAGGCGUUCCUUCAGCACACAGAAACAGAAACAGACACGCCCACUCAGAGCUUUGUUACAUCAUCUCCACAGGACACGCCCACUCAGCAUUCAGUUUCACCCUUGCCACUAAGGACACGCCCACUCAGCACUCAGUUUCACCCUCGCUGCUCAGGACACGCCCACUAAGGACACGCCCACUCAGAGCUUUGUUACAUCUUCUCCACAGGACACGCCCACUCAGCACUCAGUUUCACCCUCAGAGCUUUGAAGUAAAAUGCGACACUGAGCGCGGUCCUGCUCCGCCCUAAACCUCACAUUCAGACCUUUAUUUACAUACAAAGGAGAAAAAAUCCUUUAAAGCCGUAAUAUAACAAGUGACUCAUGACUGGACACAUGAAUGAUGUUUAUUCUGCCAUCAUAUAUUACAAAUGUUUUUUUUUUUUUUUAAUCAAUUCAGUGUUGGGUAUUAACGCCUGGUUUUACACCAUGUAGGUCAUUUAACUACGUAAAGAACAGAUUUAAUACAACCUGAUGAACUAAACUGGAUCAACUGAUGAGGAUCAAUUUGACCAGAUUACAAAGAACCAGAUUAACUAAACCUGAUUAACUACACUUAACUAAGCUAAACCAGAUGAACUAAACCUCCUGAUGUUUUAAGCUACCUGUUGAAGACACUUGGCUAAAGUGUUCAAUGUUAUUGAUCAUUAAUGUGAUUAAAUUUGGCCUCAGGAGCAUCUUUA